UAGUGGUUACUUAUAUGUUUUUUGUUAUUUUCAGAGACUCUACAUUUCGAAAUAUUUGGUUUUAAAAGGCCAUGAUAAUGGAGAAUGUGUCAAGGAUUUCAACAUUCAUAUGAUUCCACUUGACUCUCAAAAGUGCACUGUUGAGACCUAUGAUUGUGGAGUCUUUUGUUUGUACCAUUGUGCCACGUAUGAAGGGAAAGCAUUUAAAUGUAAAAGUUUGACUCAGGCAUUGGAGAGACGUCGUUUUAGAGUAGAAAUUUGUGCAUCUUUGGUGUUACGUAAUUUGAAUUUAAGACGAGAUGAUGAUUUUAAAAGUGUGAAAUAUUUUAGUGAGAACAAUGAAGAGAUUUAUGUUGAAGUCAAGCUUAAUGAGAAAAUAAUCAUGACUAAUAAGAUGGUUAUGAUGGUUGAGCAAAGUAAGAAGGCUAAGAAGGCUAGUCGGUCAAAAAGCAAAAAAAGAACUUCAGCAAAGGGUAAACAAGGAAAAAAAAAUUAUUUUCUGAACAGUGGAAGAUGAUGAAGAAAGGGCAAAUAAGGAAGAGGGUGAUUUACUGCUUGUUGCAACUAUUGCAGCAGAGAAAAUGGCAGAACAUGCCAAGAUUAAGGCUGUUGCAUGCUGCUCCUAAGCGUCUUACAAGGAAGAAGAAGUAAGGUGUCUUUUGCAAAAAAAUUCAAUUUGUAAUGUUGAACAAUUUAUGUUUAUAUGUUGAUAGAGUUUGUAAUGAAAUAUAUAUAUGGCAGUCUUUCAUUUUUAUGGCAGCCUUGCAUUUUAAUUACUUUGGCAGUUUUGCUAUAUAUGUUAGUCUUUCAUUUUUAUGGCAGUCUCGCAUUUUUAUUACUUUGGCAGUUUUGCAUCCAUACAAUUAAUAAGCAACUCCCAUAUAAUUAAAUCAUACAAGUAACCACUACAAGUAACCCUAGUAAUCCCCAUUUAAGUAACCUAUACAAGUAACCCAUAUAAUUAAUAAGUAACUGCGUAACCCAUACAAGUAACCCCAUACAAGUAACCCAUACAAUUAAUAAGUAACUCCCAUAUAAUUAAACCAUACAAGUAACCGCAACAUAAAUAAUUCCAAGUAACACACAAAUAAAUAACUUGUAUAAGUAACACCAACAUA